AUGUUCAAAGCUAUCCUGCUCAGCGGAUAUGUCAUCUCCUUGGCGGCAGCAUCGACUCUACCACAGCGUCGUGCUUCGGGCACAUGUGCUGCGCACAAGGACCACGAACCGGGAUAUAAUGGUAACCCGGACACUCAUCACAUCAUCAACACGGGCGAUGCCCCAAACGAGCAAAGGAACUACAGCAUUUGGAUUCCCGAAGACUACAACGAUCAGCCUGCCAAACUCUGGCCAUUGAUCAUCGACUUCCACGGACAUGGUGGAUCUCCAAUUCUCCAACACAACAACUCCCUGUAUUACAAGAAUUCUCGUGGCAAGGAAUACAUUGUAGCUUAUCCGGAAGGCGUGAUCGGGAAGACAGAUGAGGAGAGAGCAUGGUUCGGACCCAAUUAUGCCAAUACUGGCAAGGAAGAAGACUUCAGUUUCGUGACAAAGCUUGUGUCGCACCUCAAAGACGAGUAUUGUAUUGACCCAGACCGGGUCUAUGCCUCCGGCAAGAGCAAUGGCGGUGGCUUCGUCGACACGCUGGCAUGCGACGAUAAUGGAGAUCAAUUCGCAGCAUUCGCCAUGGCGGCAGCCGCUUUGUACACGGACAACGAAAAGGGGAACUGCCCGAAGAAGCGAGCUAUUCUUGAAGCGCACGGCGACAAAGACGGUAUCAUUCCUUACCCUGGAAAGGACACUAGUCAGGGCAAGACGCCACGCAUUGGCGAAUGGACCACCUGGUGGAAAGAAAGAACUUGCAGUGCAUCGACCCCGCGGGACACCAUAUCCAGCCCGCCGGACAACUACGAUAUCAGGUCCUACUCUUGCGAUUCCCGUUCUGGUGUAGUGCAGCAAUACCAUGGGACAGAACUGGGUCACUGCUGGCCGAUCAUGGAAGGCAGUAAUACGGACUCUGGCAAGAAGAACUGCACUGAUCGCUCCUUGGACUUUACGGAGAAGGUCAUUGACUUCUUUGAGAAGUGGGAUUUGACUACGGCACCGUCGAACAAGUAA